UAGUGUCGGUUGGACUGGGGGGAAAAUUCGUUCGUUUUUGUUGUAAAAGAAAAAGGUAUUUUGGGGAAAUUGUGACAAGUUAGUGUUAGUGGUUGUAUGUUCAUUUCAUAGGAAAUUUACAGCUCGUCUGCUGGUUGGGAAAAAUCAAUAUAGGACACGUUUUGUUCAGUUUUAAGUGUGAGAAAGACUGUUAUGGGAGAAAUGGCAUACGUGGGGUCUCCAUCACGGGGAUCGUCCAGUUUCCCCUACAGUCGCACAGCUCCAAGCCUUGUCGAAGAAAUCAGUGCUGCACAGUUCUCUAAUGUUAGAGGUAUUGAAGAAGAUCUAGCUCUCAUCAGGCAAGGUGAGAGAGCGCAACUACAGCCUAGUGAUGAAGAUACUGAAGAUGCCAGUGAAACAGACCAACAGAAAAAGGAAGAUGAGUACACGGAAAUGAGAGAACAGAUUUACCGUGACAAGUUGGCCUAUUUGAAACAACAGUUAGAACAACUUGAACAAGGCCUUCAUCCUGAUUAUCUGAGAAAAUUAAAGAAGCUGGAAACAGUCUACAAAGACAGACUGCUGCUAAAUGAAGUGUGGAAGGACUAUGAAAUGGUAAGAGCAGAAGAGGAAUAUAUCAGCGAAAAACAGUCGGCUUCCCGAGAACUGGAAGAUAAAAAAAUCGAGCUUCAAGAAAAUCUUAUUUCCGAGCUGGAAGAGAAGAAGCGUCACGUAGAAACGGAACGAAUUACCAUUGAGCUCACAGGAGACUCCAUGGAAAUCAAAGCGCCAACAACAAGAAAACUACGUCGUCGUCCUAACGAUCCUGUCAACGUCAACUCCUCCUCAGGCCCUUCUGACAAAAGAAGGAAGUUAGCCCCUGCUCAAUUGGCUUAUCUUCUUGAUGAGAAUGAUGUUGUGGAUGAUUUAAGAGCUAUUGAACGUGGUGCAUCUGGAGCCGCACCAACCAAGACCUCGGCAGGUGGAAAUGGACCCUCGACAGUUCGAGGAACUAACAAUGGCAUUUCAAAUAGACGGAGCAAUUACAGUUCCCCAGCUAGACAAUCUGACCAGUCACCAUCAAGAUCCCCAGUGCACGGCCAAUCUUACGGCUACUCCGGUUGGAACAGCGGAGAGAAUCAAGCAACAUUCGAGGCUCGAGUUGAAGAUGGAAAGCUUUUUUACGAGAAAAGAUGGUACCAUCGAGGGCAAACGGUUCAAGUUGAAGGCAAAAAGGCCCGUUUUGCAGGUGUAAUUUCCGCAAUCGGAACCGAAGCGAUUUGGGUGCGUCGUCCAGCAGAUGGAGGCAAAGUAAAAAUUUCCAUCUGGCAGCUUUGCCGAGGAAAAUAUACCCUCGGCCGCAAAGCUCCGUAAACUAAUUAACAACGGCAUCAUCUACUCAUUUAUUUUGCGUGUAUGUGUGUGUACGAAAUUGUUAAUUGUGACUUUAAUUCCCGAUUACAAAGGACAGCGUUUUGUUCCGCUCCUACGGUAUCUAUUUAGACCGAGGAAAGCAAUAUCA